GCGGCAGUCUAGUAGUAAACGUGAAUAGCGCACUGAGACCCUAAACGGUAGCGAACAAAGUGAGUCUGGGCCUAAACUGGCGCUGUUUCUGUCGGACAGUAGUGGGCUGGGUGAUGCUGUGACGUGUUCCGUUCUUAGAUCAUGUACCGGCCGGAUCCACCUGUGCAGAGGCCUCGGCCGCCGUUUGGUCCUCCGCCGCCCCGCGGUCCACAUUUCAGUGCCCAGGGGCCUUGUCCCCUGCCUCAUCGCGGAGCCCCGCCCCCAGGACCCGGUGGACCGUUUUCGGAGAACCCGUUUGUGUUCAGCGGGCCGCCCAGAGGCCACUUCAUCCGUCCCCACUGUAGCAACUUCUCUAUGGACCCUAGUACCAUGCGAGGCAACCAGAAGAUUGUGCCCUCAGCAGAACUGCGCCACAGUCAAGCCGCACCGUGGAAUCCUGGAACUGUGGAACGCCACCUUCAAGACUACAGUGAUCGAGCUGGCGAGGAAUUCCUGAAAUGCAUUGCGGCUAACAAACCUCUACCAGACUAUCUCAAAGGGAAUAUGACAUACAAUUUGGUGGAUGCUUUGAAGUCUGCUAAAGAGCUGAAAGAAGCGACAAAAGUAGAUGUACAGCUCCAGAAGCUUAUUGCCAGGAAAAAGAGCCACAGCCGAAGCCGAAGUCGUGGCAGAAGUCAAGACAAGUCUCGGGCCAAAAGUAGAGCCAGGAGCAAAAGUAGAGCCAGGAGCAAAAGUAGAGCUAGAAGCAAAAGUAGAGGAAGGAGCAAAAGUAGAGGAAGGAGCAAAAGUAGAGGAAGGAGCAAAAGUCGUGUUCGUGGAAAGAGUCGUGCUAAAAGCAAAAAUCAUGAUUGCAGUCGGAGCCGAAGUAAGAAGAGUUUAAAACGAAGUAAGAGCAAAGUCAGAAGGUCAAAGUCUCGGAGUCCUAGUAGUGAAAACAGCCAUGGCGUUGAAAAAAAGAGGAAGAGGAGCCCUGACCAAACUAAUAGCAGCAGUGUUAGCAGCAGCAGUAGCAAUUUUACACGGAAUAGUUUGUUGGAGGGACUGAAGAUGGUUAUGAACAGCAAAGAUUUGGAAGAACGGUUACCAGCACUCAAAGAUGCCAUCCUUGGUGUUAAGGCCUCUGACGAAAGCCAAAAGGUGAAGAGUAUUUCUGCUGACCACAAGAUUGAAAAGCAUGACCAUCAAGAUAAUUUAACAUCGCUGGAAAGCGACUGCAUUCUGCUUCCUCACGAGAGAGUUGGCAGUGAAUUUUCUUGGCUCAAGGAAAAAAGUCAGGAGGACAUCUCUGUUCAGAAAGCCAACGAGCUGGAUGACGAAGAGUCUUUCUUGUAUGGCGGUGAAGCAUCUUCUCAGAAUGGAGGGCAUGUCAAAGUGGAAAAAAAUUAUUAUUCUAGUGUUGGCAGUCACAAGAACAUGUUUCUGUUCAGUGGGUUCAGUAAUGUGGUUGAUCCUAAAAUCCCCCAACAGAUGGCUUUAUCUACUGUUUCCUCUGUCAGUCUGGACAGUAUGGAGUGUGAGAAAAUCAAGAAUAUAUUAAAUAGCCUAGGUGGAACAUCAGAUAUUGGCAAGAUGUUGAGGACUCAAGUCCAAAAGGAGGGCAAUGAUGCGUCUCCUGCACUAUUCAGUUCAGACACAGCGGCGGCAACACUGAAUGAGCCAAGUGUACGGAAAGCUCUGGAGUCUCUGCAGUCUCUGAUCAAAGCAACAAAAGAAAAACAGUCAAAAAGUAACGAUCAGUCCCAGACUUCCUCUGUUAAAACGAAGGCAGGUGACCACGAAGAGAAGAAAAGAGCCAAAAUGAGAGAAAUAGAAACCUUAGCGAAAGAACUGGAGGAGUUGCUAAGGCAGGAAGGACUGGGUUUUAUCUCGGCAGUAACAGGGUUCUAUUGCCAGAAAUGUGAAGAGUUCAUUGGAGAUUUGAAUUCUGCUGAGAGACAUGCAACAAUCCACCAAACUCAGUCCGACAAGCAUGCUAAAGACAGCAAAGACCUUUGCCACUACCUGAGCAGGACCACCAGCCAACGUUCAACUUCCAGAAGUGACAUGGAGCACAAACAGAACUGGAGAGAUGAGAAGGAAUACAGAAGCACACACCACGACAGCAGGUCUGAGCAGGGAAAUAUCUGCUUAAAAGAAGAGAUGAAGAAGGAGAGGAUGCUCAUAACGGUUAGCCGAGGACUGACACCUCCAUCUCUAGACGUCCCAGUGAAACAGGAGAACAAGGAGCACGGGAAAGCCAAAGACAAAAGAGAAAGCAAGGAUGAAUUUCCCAAAACCAGCAGAGACAAACGUAAGACGGAAAAACACGAGAGCAGUGACAGCAGUGACAAUGAAAAAUCCCCUAAAACAAAACAUUCCAAAAAGAAGAAAAAGAAAGAGAAAAAGAAGAAGAAGAAGGAAUAAGGUUUGUAGAGUGUCUCAGGAGAAAUGCUGACCUGCUGCUGCAACUCAGCAUUUAGAACUUUAGGUCUUCAAUUUCCCCCCAGAAAACUGCUUCUCUAUUUCUUUUAUUGUUUUUGUUAGUUUAAUCUCAAGACAGGAACGAUUCCAAAUCUUUUCAGAUUCAGUCAGGUGUGUUGAGUCUCCUUGUUGGCUCUGAAGCAGAGAAGAAGAAGAGGGGGAAGUGCCUGUGUGAGAACAGACAGGGAUGUUGCUAGGAGAUGGAUGAUAUUUUCAGGUGUUUGUCUUUUUGUCUCUAAUCCUCAGACUAUAGUUUUAACAGAACUUGUUUGCCUGUUAGGUGUUGGCUCACGGUAAGUAGAACUCCAAAACGUCAUGCUGUCCCAACUUUCCGAUUCCAUCUUGUGAACACAUUAACCUGCACUGGUUCUAAUUCUUUCCUCUGCUCUUAUUUUUAUUGAAACUCAAACAUGACACACAUAUGCGUUUGUGAUAUUGUUAAUAAAGAAAACAAAUGUUUACCUUUUUAAUAAAAUUUGUUAAGUCAGACGUAAUUGAGUGGUAUCACUGUUCUCUAGAGUAAUGUUACUGUCAAAAAGACCAAUUUGUGACUUGUUAAUUGAAAUGUUGAGAUAAUGAACAUAAUUGUGUCAGAAAAGUGGUCCAAUUCCAUUAGUGUUUCUAUCAUCAAAAUCAUUUGUGAUCAGGCAUUUCAAAACCUUUCUCACUUUAAAUGUAACAUACACUACAUGCUGUCCAAGUCAGCUGAAAUACCAAUCUGCUAGGGGCAAAAAUGUAGAAAGUUCUAUUCAGUUGCCUGGUUACCACAGAGUGUAAACCUUAACACUGAUUUGUUUAAGCAAACCCCUAUAUCUUCCUCACAUGUCACGACAGGGGUUACACUCUGAGGAAUCUGUUUCAGUUACUAAAUUUGAGGAUACAUUUAAAACCCCUUUCUUGAAGAUUCCAAAUCGUGCUUACAAAGCAGUGUCCUCAACAUUCUUGGUUUCAUCUGGAUGGCCAUUUGCUCUUCCUGUUGGAGCUAUUUAUUCUUUAUUUCUUUAUUCAUUUGAAUUUUGUUUUUGUUUUAUUAUUUUUCUUAUUCAUUCUUUGAGUUAGACAGGAAGUCAUGUGGGUUAGUCCACUUUUCUAUAAGUAUAGGGGCCUGGUAAAGGACCAGCAAGGCAUUUGGGUUUGGGGCCUAUGGUUUUUACCAGAGCAAGAGAGCACAGUGUGAUUGACAGAGUGAGAACAAAGGAAAGUUUGAAGUCUGUAAUUGUGGCUGAAAGGAAACACAAAUAAACCUUCCUGAACAAUCAACAAAUUUGGACGUCACAGCUUCUUUUGCCUGCGUAUGGAAUCUGGACCCCAGUGACUCUUAGUGGCUGGAGGAACUUUUAUUGAAAGUUUGGUUUGACAAACAAUCGCCACUACAGCAAGUAACCACCCCAUGGAUCAAGUUAGAAACCAGCUCGUGGACCAAAAGGAAUAAUCCCUCAUCAAUGGACAUGUUGGAUUUAUGGAUCUCAAGGAUUACCAUCAAACAAAAGGUUUUGGAUCAUCUUUGUUGAAAUCAAGCGACUUGCUGCGUCAGGCCUGGAUUGACACGUCACUCAUUCAUCAAACUGGUACGUGGAAAUAUUGUUUAAGCCGUAAAGGAAAACGGUGAAACUACUGGAGUUUAAAGACAUUAUUUCACUGCAAAGACUGAUGAGAUGAGUUUCAUGUGACAAGUUGAUGCUUAAUUGGAUCAAGACGUGUGCCAACUUCCAUCAUGAAAAUGUUUGUUCACACGAAUCAACCUCUUUAAACAAAGAGACACGUUUGUGCUUUAUCCUGUGGAUUCCUUGAGGAUUAUGCUGCUGUUGAAUGUUUGAAAUAAUUAAAAGGAUCGCUAAAAAUGUCUGAUGCAAAGAGCAAAGAAGAUGACACUCAGAUGCCGCAAGAGAAACGAAACAUCAAAUUCACACAAAAGGGUUUGGAGUUUUAUAUAAAAACAUGUCAAGAAAACCGAAGUUUAAAGUGUAAGCAAGCUUCAAAAUUUAAGGAGAAAAUCGCAUCAAUGACGUCACGAGAAAAUGUUAAAAAGGUGUCUUCUGACUUCGUCAAAUUUAUUAAAUGCUAUCAAGAUGCAACUGAUUUACAUGAAUCCUUUUUAAGCUUGCCAUUACCAGAAGAAGAAGUGAAAAGACAAGCUGUGUAUUUUCAGUCCAAUUUAACGGCAUUCUCAGAUUUUAUGGACAAUGUAAAGGUUUGGUUGCAGGAAGCAGGAUAUCCAUAUACUGAACAGAAAAAUGUUGAUGAUGAUCAGGUUGUUGCUGAUCAGGAUGAAAUAAACCCGGAAGACGGUG